UAAAAAAGAAAAAUUUAGUAUGGCAACAUUUUAUGGUAUACCAACACAAAAAUAAAGAGCGGAAUUUUUACUUUUUGGUACUUCCUUUUCUCUCGUGUUCUUUUGACAACACGAGGUUAUAAUUUGUAAAUUGCAAAAAAGCAUUUACAAUGGCGGAAGAAACUUGGACCGAAGACAACAUGGAGACAGGCGGCGUGGCCAUCGAUAACAUGCCGUUGCCCCAAGCCGCUGAUAUCCCUGAAAUCAAACUAUUCGGAAGAUGGAGUUGUUAUGAUGUCCAGGUUUCCGAUAUGUCACUUCAGGACUAUAUCUCUGUUAAAGAAAAGUACGCUAAGUACUUGCCCCAUUCUGCUGGCAGGUAUGCCCACAAACGAUUCCGUAAAGCUCAGUGUCCAAUUGUUGAGCGCCUUACCAACUCUCUGAUGAUGCACGGACGCAACAACGGCAAGAAGUUAAUGGCUGUGCGAAUUGUCAAACACGCAUUUGAAAUUAUCCACCUUUUAACUGGUGAGAACCCAUUACAAGUUCUUGUUACUGCCAUCAUUAAUUCUGGUCCUCGGGAAGAUUCAACUAGAAUUGGUCGUGCUGGUACAGUGCGUCGUCAAGCCGUGGAUGUGUCUCCCCUCCGUAGGGUGAACCAAGCUAUCUGGCUGCUGUGCACUGGUGCUCGUGAGGCUGCCUUCAGAAACAUUAAAACAAUUGCUGAAUGUGUAGCGGAUGAACUUAUCAAUGCGGCUAAGGGUUCAUCUAAUUCAUAUGCUAUCAAGAAGAAGGAUGAACUUGAGCGUGUUGCUAAAUCCAACCGUUAAUUAAUUCUAAGAACAGGACUUAAUAAACAUAAAAUGCUAA